AUGUCCAGCAUCUAUGCCGCCAAGGGACCGAUGUCUGGUCAUCCAUAUAUUCCGGGUUCGUGGGGGCAGUUGUCACCGAGGCUCCAGUGGGCCGAGCCCCCGAAAACAUUGAACCCUAGGGUGUGGAAGGCGCCCAAAAUGGAGGUGGAUAUGACAGACCAGUGGAGGCUACACAAUGACGAUGCCGACGGUAGCUUCGAGCUCCAAAGCUUGAAGAGCAUAUCGCCGCUGCUGCCUUCGAAGGCAACGUCGUCAUCACCUUACUCUUCGAGGGUAUUUUCCCCAGAAGCUGUGUCUCGUGAAUACGAUGAGUUAUUGGUCAGAUCGCCUUCUCACGACGAUAUGGAGGCCCACAUGACGACGCCUUUAAUCCCGAGCACAGAAAAACUCGACUUUUCCUGCUUGAUACCAAAAGCCGGGCUUGUCAUGGCAAGAGCAGCGGGUCCCUUGUCGAGUUGUGUGUGCUUCGAUCAAUCCAACAAGACCGACGAGACCGCCUUGUUGGGAAUCUUGAACGAGGAGUUCAUGCGAAUUGAGCUCGAUGUAAUGGGCCCAGAAAUCGCCAGCAGACCUUCUGACUGGAAGUCUUUGUUCAAAGAGCUUGUGGUGGGUCUCUCUGAUCAGGAGUUCCAUGAAAAGUACUAUUGGGCAAAGUACGCCGGGGAUUAUGUGGACGAAAGCCAGCGUGCCUAG